AUGCCAGCCGCAAUCCGCAACUUGGGGAAUAACCCCCACCUCAUUUUCGUUCGCCUCCCGAAUCUCCUAUCCUUUCUUUGCAUUGUCGUCGGCGUUGUGUGGCUACUGCUCCUACCUUUGAACGAGUACUCCCGACAAACCUACAUCUCCGAGAAUGCGCUCCUGCCGGGCCAAGUCCAUGCGUAUUUCACCGGAAGCGAGCAGAACAUCUUCCGAGGUUAUAAGAAAGAAUUGGAAGGAUUGUUGAAUGAUGGACAAGCGAGAGGCGGCCAAAAAGACGAGGCGGAAGUGACAGCGGCGGUCUCGGACAAAUUGCAGUCAAUCUUGCAAGCGGCGGGCCUUAAAGUUGCCACGCAAAAAUACGAAUAUACCUCCGCUGGGAUUACGCACCAGGGAGAGAAUACUUAUGCUAUUAUCCAUGCGCCGCGCGGUGAUGCCACGGAGGCAAUUGUCCUGGUUGCGCCAUGGUUAACGGCUGAUGAUAAGUUGAACCUGAAUGGUGUCACUCUUGCCUUGACAUUGGCGAGAUAUUUCAAGAGAUGGUCAUUAUGGUCCAAGGACAUUAUUUUCCUAAUUACCCCGGACAGCAAAACUGGAACUCAGGCUUGGAUCGAUGCCUACCACGAUAUGCACCCGGCUUCGGUACAGCCACUUCCUUUAAAGAGUGGAGCGUUGCAAGGAGCAUUGGUUAUCGAAUAUCCAUUCGAUCACCGGUUCCAGACGCUCCAUAUUGUAUAUGAUGGAGUCAAUGGCCAGCUCCCCAACCUCGACUUGUUCAACACAGCUGUAGCUAUUGCAGGUGGCCAGAUGGGCAUCGGGGCCAAUCUACAGGAAAUGUGGAGUCACGACGACAGCUACGAGCAUCGUCUACAGACCAUGUUCCGCGGUAUGACCAAGCAGGGUCUCGGGUAUGCCACCGGCGCACACAGCAGCUUCAUGCCGUAUCAUAUCGACGCCAUCACCCUACAGACAAAGGGCGAGGGGUGGGAGGACGAAAUGGCUCUAGGCCGGACGAUUGAGUCUCUUUGCCGCAGCUUGAAUAACUUGCUGGAGCACCUGCACCAGAGCUUUUUCUUCUAUCUGCUCAUGCAGUCCAACCGUUUUGUCAGCAUUGGAACUUAUUUGCCCAGUGCUAUGCUGAUCGCUGGAAACUUCACUAUCAUGGCGAUUGCCCUCUGGAUUCGCACUGGGUACUACCCAGAGAGCAAGCCAAGUGCCAACCCCAAGAAUGAGAAGGCACCUACCGAAGAGAAGGAGAAGGAGAAGCCCAAUACGAUUACCAUUGCGGAACGACACCUUGCUCUACCACUCUCGCUUGUUGUCGGGCUCCAUCUACUCGGCCUUGUCCCGCUCUGGGUAUUUAAUAAUGUCUUCCACCAGUACUUCACAACUACCACCUACAUCUUCGUGGUCGUGGACAUCAUCCUCCCCCUCUUCCUCGCCGCAAUUCUCUCCAACGGCCUCGGCCUAUCAAAACCAAUCAUCCCCCAACAGUACCACCUUAUAAAAUCCUUCUCCCUCCUCCUACUAGGUCUCUCCCUCUCAACCCUCGCCACUCUCAACUUCUCUCUUUCUUUCAUGAUUGGUCUACUCUGCGCGCCGCUUAGCUUCGUCACUCGCCUGCGAGGCUCCACGCCAUUCCGUUUGGCAACUUCCAGUCUGGGCCUGGUGCUUCUCAACCUUCUCUCCCCGCCAACUGUUCUCCUUGGAGUCUGCUGGUAUAUGGGGGUCUCUGUCGAGGCUGUCCUCACCCAAGCCGCUUUCGGUUGGGAUGUUUGGGGUAUGUGGACCCAGGUUGUUGUUUGGUGUGUGUGGUGGCCAGCCUGGUUGAUUGGCUGUGUGCUUCUGGGGUCGUCGAUGUUCUGA